GCUAGAGCUAAAUGCCACCCCAACCAUCUCGAUUCUUCCUCUCGUUUUUGGUUCUCCGAACCAGAGACCCCUCUGGUUUUUUCGUUUCCGCCAUCUCCUCUUCUCCCCUCUCUCCUCUCUCGUUCCCCAUCCUUAUGUUUCUCACCUCUGCUUCCAGAGAACGAAAACCUAAACCCAUCUCAUGUCGCCGCCAUCCUCUUCUUCUCCUCGUGUUCUUUCUCCUCCCAAACCCACGAGAACUCAUAAUCCUAUUUCACUUUCUAAUCGAAAUCCUGAUCCGGAUUUCAAAUCCUAUGGCCUCAACAAGGACGACGGUGAGAAAAGACGCCCUGAUCAACUUCAAUCGACUAGAGAGAUGCCGAUCCAGAUUGGCAGAAAGAAGAGAAAUAAAUCAUCACCGCCGGCAGACGACGAUGGCCGAGAAGAAAACAUGUCGAAGGCGGAGGACAUAUCCCUCGGCAAUGGUGGACGAAUCCUAGGCCUAUCUCACGGAUUACAUGUUUUGAUUUCUGGGGUUUUGGAGUGGCCAAGUUUCUGACGUCAUUUUGAUUAAUUUGGGUUGCUUUUGGUGUUCUAUCGAGGGAGGAGAUGAAAAGUGGGCAUCGAAGGAGAAAGUGGUCUCACUAUCGGCGAGAACCGCCGACAACAGGAUGAGAGGACAGGAUGUGAAAAUGGGCGGAUCUAGGGGUGGCGCCUGCCUAUUUUGAAGAGGCAGCAACCAUUUUUGUGCCUGAAUCUAGAUUUACUUGAACGGCUUCCUUUUUGUUGCAAAUUGUUGCGUGGUGAGUCUUGAGUAGUUUUUUGAAGAGGUGGCCGAUUUGCAGGAGGGAGCAGAGUUUUCUCUUGACCUUUGGGAUAGGAUAUGGGCUAAGGAUAUGGUUGACCCUCGUUGAUCGUGUUGACCGUGUUGACCCGUUGACUUAGAUAAUAUGAGAUGGGCUGAAAUUGGAGGUACUUGAGCUGGAUUUAGUUAGUUUGAAUUUGGGCUUGAGCUGGGUUAUUUUUGCUUGUGCAGUUCAUUGGAUCUAAUUUGGGCUCAACGUUAUAGGUCCCUCAAGACCCAGACUUUUUAAUUUAUUUAUGUACAAUAUUUAAUAGCCCAACUAAGUAUUGGAAUUUGCUUUUAUAAUAAACUUAGUUCAUGUAUCUUCGAUCACUUCACC